ACCACAUAUAAAAGUCUAGUCCAAGGGUACGCAGUCACAUAGUGUAGGUCACACCACAGAGACGGAGAGCUUGGAGACCAGCUGUACAGUAGCACAACUAGGAAGACAACAGUAGUAGAGUAUUAGAAUACAGGCUGAAAGAAACAGGCACUCAAGGACAGAGACAAAGCGGCACAGAAACAUCCCAAAAAGCAAAGGAACCAAGGAGAGACGGAGGAAAUAAAAGAAGACAAGUCCUACAGUAGGUUUCUCUCAUACACCACAACCAGGUGAGGAGUGAAGCCAGGUUGCCAGAUUGUGAAGAGGUAUCCCUCCUCCCUGUACAGCAUUUCUCCACAUCUCCCACUGGUCUCUCCUGGUGUAGCUGGAUCCUAGCCCACCAACAUGGCAACCCUGAAAGAGAAGAGGACGUGUGGCCAGCGGUGUGAGGACUUCGGUCGCUUCGUGUGGAACUCAGACACUGGGGCCCUGUUCGGAAGAACACCUGAGAAAUGGGUGUACAUCAGUCUGUACUAUGUAGCGUUCUAUGUGAUAAUGACUGGCCUGUUCUCUCUGGCCAUCUGGACUCUGAUGUACACGCUGGACCCCUACACUCCAGACUAUCAGGACCGCUUAACAUCACCAGGGGUGAUGGUCUGGCCACCUACAUACAUUGAGGAGGAUGUAGUACUCAGCUACAACAUGUCUGAUAAAGCCAGCCAGAUGAAGAUGUCCAACUACCUCAGCAACUUCCUCAAACCCUACAAUGACACGGCUCAACAGUCUAACUGUAACUGCACCCGGGGAGAGUACUUCAAACAGGAGAAAUUUGAGGCUCCACACCAUACCAAGUACUCCUGCCGCUUCACCCAGAGCAUGCUGGGACGCUGCUCCGGCCUGGACGACCCCACGUUCGGCUACAACGGUACCACACCCUGCGUCAUCAUCAAGAUGAACAGGAUCAUCAACUUCCUGCCCAACAACGGGACUGGCAUGGCUCCUCAUCUGAACUGCACUAUACUGAGUGGCCAUGAUAACAUAGACAUGAUCGAGUACUUCCCCACCAACGGAACCUUCGAUCUAUCCUACUUCCCAUACUACGGCAAGCUGGCUCAGCCCACCUACGUUAACCCUCUAGUGGCUGUGAAGUUCCACCUGGUCAAAGAGAGGGAGGCUAAGAUCCAGUGUCGUGUGGUGGCCCACAACAUCGCCUAUCAAGACUCAUACGAACCAUACCAGGGGAAGGUGGUCUUCCUGCUCCAGGCUCUGAAAUAAUAUAUUUUACUAGACAAGCCAACAAUCCAACCAUCUCGGUCCUAACCCUGGUCAGAGCCAUAGAGUUGGAUAGUGUUCCAUCAUCUUUGUAAUUAUGACUUUUGUGACAGAAUGUGAAGUGCAGUUGAGGGCUUUCUCCAUUUUAAAGUAGUCUGUGGGAAGAUAUCAAUUGAUAUCUUCACAAUUUCUUGAACAAGUAUUUCCUUAACCCAUAGAAAUUCCCACCCAGUUUGAGCCAUCUAUCCAAGUCUAUGAUCCCAAACCGAGGCAAUCUGGAAACCCAUGAAAAAGGAGAGUCGCACAUUAGCUCAUACGCAAUAACCAGCGGUUGGACAGACUAGCUGUUUUCAUCAGGGUAUGAUGGUAAUUCAGUUAUUGCAUUUGAGGUCCUAGAGCACAGGCGUCAAACUCAUUCCACGGGGGGCCGAGUGUCUGCGGGUUUUCGCUCCUCCCUCAUACUUGAUUGAUGAAUUAACAUCACUAAUUAGUUAGGAACUCCCCACACCUGGUUGUCUAGGGCUUUAUUGAAAGGAAAAACCAAAAACCUGCAGACACUAGGCCCUCCGUGGAAUGAGUUUGACACCCCUGUCCUAGAGGGUGCGGUUCUCUCGGUCUUAUUCCUAGUGUCCUACUCUGACAGGCACCUCACCUGAACAGAUGUUGUUCUCUCACCUCCAGAUUUAAUCUGGAAAUUCAACCAUCUCUGUCUAAAACAGAUGUUUUGCUUCAUUUUACCACUCUCUUUUACACAGCUUCUAGGACGGGUAUGUAACGUAUGGUUAAUGCUGCUGCUUGUACAACCAAGACAUUAGCUAUGCAUUGUAUCAUAAUGAAACAUUAAAAUCCAUAAAGACAAUAAGU